AUGAGGCCGCUGGACGAGAAGGAGACGACGCUAGUUUUUGACAAGCUAUACAAAUUUAUGGGAAACAAUCUGCAAAAAAUUGUGAUGGAAAACCUAUCUUAUGAAGGACCCGACCCGAACCCAGGACACUACUGCUUCCGCCUCCAGAAGAACCGGGUGUACUACGUAUCUGAAUCAUUAGUCAAACGGGCGACCAACAUCAAGCGGGAGAAGUUGGUGUCGAUGGGAACCCAAAUAGGAAAAUUCACCAAGAGUGAUAAAUUCCAUUUGACGAUUCAGGGUUUGAAUUUAUUGGCUGCUAAUGCUAAGCACAAGGUUUGGCUGAAGCCCACUUCGGAGAUGAGCUUUUUGUACGGGAACAGUGUGUUGAAAGGCGGGGUGGGGAGAAUUACUGAGAAUAUUCAAGUGAAUGAUGGGGUGGUGGUGUAUUCGAUGGCGGACGUGCCAUUGGGGUUCGGGGUUGCAGCCAAGAGCGCGCAGGAUUGUAGGAAAAUGGAUCCGAAUGGGAUUGUGGUAUACCAAGAGUUAAAUGCAAAAGUAUGGGAUGUUGUUAUAUCUCUGAUUGACCAAGAGCGAGAAGGAUGGCAAAUUGAUCACGCUUUAUUGAAGAAUGUGUUAGAUAUAUUUGUUGAAAUUGGAAUGGGGCAGAUGGAGCAUUAUGAGAAAGAUUUCGAAGCAGCACUGCUCAAUGACACUGCAGCUUAUUAUUCACGGAAAGCUUCAAACAGGAUCUUAGAGGAUUCAUGUCCGGAUAAUAUGUUGAAAGUCACAGAUUUAACGCUAGCUAGAGAAAAUCAAACGAGCUUUGAAGAGUAUCUUAGCACUAAUCAAAAUGCAAGUCCCGGGAUUGAUUUGACUAUUAUUGUCUUAACUGGUUUCUGGCCAAGUUACAAGUCCUUUGAUCUUAAUCUCUCAGCUGAGAUGAUCCCUCUCCCUCCUGUCGAUGAGAAAAAGAAGGUAAUUGAAGUUGUCGACAAGGACAAACGGUACGCCAUUGAUACCUCAAUUGUGCGUAUAAUGAAAAGUAGGAAAGUUUUGGGAUAUCAGCAGUUGGUUAUGGAGUGCGUUGAGCAAUUGGGGCACAUGUUCAAGCCUGAUGUUAAAGCAAUCAAGAAGAGAAUUGAAGAUUUGAUCACUCGGGACUAUUUGGAGAGGGACAGAGACAAUCCUAACUUGUUCAAAUACUUGGCUUGA